GCGUGAUGCUACAGUUAUUGAUUAUUGUCGUGAUCAUGAAGUCGCUAGCUAUACUGAGUUUCGGACUUCUAGUCCUUGGUGCCUCAGCGUUUCACAUCGUCGUCGAUGAGGCCAAGCAGGACCUUGACUGGUGGAAGACUAGUGUGAUCUACCAGAUUUACCCGCGAAGUUUCAAGGACAGCAAUGGCGAUGGGAUCGGCGAUCUCAACGGCAUCACCAGCAAAUUGGAACACAUCAAGGAAGCCGGCGCCGACGCUCUCUGGCUAUCGCCAAUCUAUUCAAGCCCACAAAAAGAUUUUGGUUACGACAUUUCUAACUUUACUGACAUAGCACCAGAAUUUGGAACUCUUAAGGACUUUGACAAGCUCGUCACCAAAGCCAAAUCCCUGGGCUUGAAGGUAAUGCUCGAUUUCGUUCCUAAUCACAGUUCGCACGAACACGUGUGGUUUAACAAGAGUGUAAAUCGCGUGAAACCCUACGACGACUAUUACAUUUGGCGGGAUGCGAAGAAAGGGCCCAAUGGAGAGAGGAGGCCGCCCAACAACUGGUUAUCGGUGUUCGGUGGAUCUGCUUGGGAGUGGAACGAAAAGCGUCAGCAAUACUUUUACCAUGCUUUCGUCGUUGGACAACCUGACUUAAACUACCGUAAUCCGGACUUGAGAAAAGAAAUGGAGAACGUUUUGACAUUCUGGAUGGAUCGCGGCGUCGACGGUUUCCGAGUUGAUGCAGUUAAUCAUAUGUUCGAAGAUCCUGCAUUACGUGAUGAGCCGAAAUCAAGUAACGACGUACCUCCCGAUGACUACGAAUCUUUGGAUCACAUCUACACCAGGGACUUGGAUGAUACUUAUACGGUUGUUAAGUCGUGGCAAGUACUUUUGGACAACUACGUGAAGAAUCACAAAACAGACGGUAAAUUGCAGAUUUUAGAGGCUUAUACAUCUAUUCCAAAAUCAAUGAAGUUUUACGACGUGGGAGCUAAUCCCUUCAACUUCAUGUUCAUUGCCAAUUUGAACAACGGCUCAUCAGCUAGUGACUUCAAGAGAACAAUCGACGGAUGGUUGAAUGCAAUCCCUGAGGGCAAAGUAGCCAAUUGGGUUGUUGGAAAUCACGAUAAUCAUCGAGUAGCGUCCAGAUACGGCUUUAAUAACAACAGAGCAGAUCAAAUUUCUCUUCUCUCUGGAAUUUUACCAGGAAUUGCUGUUGUUUACAACGGAGACGAAAUUGGUAUGGUUGACAGGCCCUUUACUUUCGCUGAAACGGUUGACCCAGCUGGAUGCCAGGCUGGUCCACAGAGAUACCACAUCAAAUCGAGAGAUCCCGAAAGGACACCCUUCCAAUGGGACGCCACUACCAGUGCUGGUUUCUCCAACAGUACGAAGACUUGGCUGCCUGUUCACUCCAACUAUAAGACUGUUAAUCUGGCAGCUCAAAAGGUAGCUACUAAAUCUCACUACAAAAUAUUCCAAGCAUUGACAAAAUUGAAGAAGACGCCCACAUUACAAAAAGGAACGGUCGAAGUUUUACUUGCCACUGAAAAAGUUCUGGCCAUAGUUCGACGAUUGGCAAACAACCCAACAGUCGCACUUUUAAUUAACUUUGACAACAAGCCUGUAACGAUGGACGCAAGGACCUGGCUGAAUAUCGAUGAGAAGAAAAAGAUCCAAAUAGCUAGUUUAAAGUCAGGAUUAAACUUUGGAGCAACGGUCGACACCACGAGAUUAGUUCUUCCUGGCGCAGCAUCAGUUAUUCUCUCUUAAUAUUGCAAAUUAUAAGAAUCUUAUAUUCCACAAAAAAGUUUAUUUCUAAACCAUAUGUACAAUAAUAAUACACAAAUAAAAAAUCAAACAGCACUCUUCAAAUAAAAAAUUAUAUUCUCUCUUACCUAUACCAUCUUUAUAAAAUUACAAAAUGAUAUUUUAUUUAAUUCAAAAUUUUCAAACAACGUUUAUUCAAAAGCUAUAUGUCAAUUAACAAGUAUACUUUUUAUUAUCCGAUAUUCAGAAUUAUAUUUAACUAACAAA